AUGACGAGCUCUCAGGCCCUGGGGCUCAGUGUACCCCCCUUUACGCCACACGCGAUUUCAGUCUCUCUACCGACGUGGCAGGACAAUGUCGACUACGAGGAAGGGAAGCCGAGAGUAAAGGAUGCGAUGGUGUGCGGGUAUCCUAGGUUCUUCAUCCAUCCCAGCAUCCAAAAGGUGGCCGACAUCUGCCAGCAAAAGUUCGGGACUCCGGACGAGUUGUGCUUGUUGUUCCCCUCGAACAGGGUCGCGAGCGAGUGCCGCAAGUUCAUUGAAGCCCGGUCAUCUCUCGUAGGGCCUGCAAUCUCUGCUCGUCUCACCCAUUUUGUUUUCCCGGAGGCUGAACUGCAUGUGGUGCUAUUCCCAACAAACGCAUACCCGAUUGCCAAACAAUUCUGGCAGCACGCUGGGCUUGGGAUCUCAAGUAGAUUGGCAGAGUUCUGCUUAUCCGGUUUAGCGGAAUCCUCUACACCACCCAAAUCUCCCGAAGCUACCGCCCGCUUCCCGCUGAAGCCGUCCAAUAGGCAUUAUUCGGUGAAGCCGCCAGCCAAAGAAGAGCUCGCUGCAGACAAGCUCGAUAGCGAUCAUAGCACAUAUCUUGAGGAACGAUAUGGUCGCAACUUACCCCGCGAGCAUGGGAUGAACGCAAAGCGUGCAUUGCGUCGCCGAAUUGCGGGAGUCUUGGCGAACGACCCCCCUGAAUGCAGUCGCGCGGGCGAACAGGACGUUGCUACGACAGUGAGCUCGAGAGGAGCGGAUGUGACGGAAGAGGACGUGUAUCUGUUGCCAUCUGGGAUGGCGGCAAUCUGGUACGCUCACCAAGCAGCGCUUGCAGUGCGUCCAGCAGCGAAGAGCGUCUGUUUUGGGUUCCCCUAUACCGAUACCUUGAAGAUCCUCGAAAAAUGGGGCCCCGGGUGUUACCACCUAGGACGCGGCCUUGACGAGGAUAUCGAUGAACUGGAAACCAUCUUGGAAUCUACGCGUAUAGUCGCUCUAUUCACAGAGUUCCCAUCCAAUCCGCUCCUUCGCUCAGCUAACCUCCCGCGACUGAGGGUUUUGGCGGAUAAGCAUGGGUUUUUGAUCGUCAUCGACGAGACUAUCGGCAACUUCGUCAACGUUCGGGUGCAACCGUACGCUGACGUCGUGGUCAGUAGCCUGACGAAGGUCUUCAGCGGUUAUUCCAAUGUUAUGGGCGGCAGCCUGGUCCUCAAUCCACAAGGACGCUAUUAUGGCGUCUUAAAACGGUGGCUGGAUGACAAUUACGAGGAUGUGUACUUCGACCAGGACGCCAUUUUUAUGGAACGCAACUCGAGAAACUUUAGGUCCCGUAGUCACGCCAUCAACAGGAAUGCAGAAACCAUAUGCGAUUUCCUUCUUUCUCGCUCCAUCGCUGGCGACGCUUCCUCGUCCUCUACGUCCUCUCGAUCUUCAGCUUCGGCUCCGGUUAUCAAAGAAGUUUAUUACCCCAAAUACAUCACCAGGCACAACUACGAAACAUGCCGUAUCACCCAAGAAGGUGCAGAAGAGUCAGACGGGAAGGAGGAAGGCGGCUAUGGGGGCCUAUUCUCCCUCACGUUCACUACUCAAGAGGCUUCAGAAGCAUUCUUCGACGCUAUCCCUUGUUAUAAAGGGCCGAGCUUGGGAACGAACUUCACCCUUGCGUCUCCGUAUACUAUUCUUGCACAUUAUGCGGAACUGGAAUGGGCGGCCCAGUGGGGCGUGGAGAAGGGCCUCGUUCGCAUCAGUGUUGGUAUGGAGGACACAAAGGUGCUGCUGGAAUGGUUCGAAAAGGCAUUGCUCGCCGCUGAGGCUACCCUUCAGAAGUAA